CGCCGCUCUCCAGACCCAGGAUGCCGGGGGGCAAGAGAGGGCUGGUGGCACCGCAGAACACAUUUUUGGAGAACAUCGUCAGACGCUCCAGUGAAUCGAGUUUCUUACUGGGAAACGCCCAGAUUGUAGAUUGGCCUGUAGUUUAUAGUAAUGACGGUUUUUGCAAACUCUCUGGGUAUCAUCGAGCUGACGUCAUGCAGAAAAGCAGCACUUGCAGUUUUAUGUAUGGGGAAUUGACUGACAAGAAGACCAUUGAGAAAGUCAGGCAGACUUUUGACAACUACGAGUCAAACUGCUUUGAAGUUCUUCUGUACAAGAAAAACAGAACGCCUGUUUGGUUUUACAUGCAAAUUGCACCCAUAAGAAAUGAACAUGAAAAGGUGGUCUUGUUCCUAUGCACUUUCAAGGAUAUCACGUUGUUCAAACAGCCGAUAGAAGAUGAUUCAACAAAAGGUUGGACAAAAUUUGCCCGAUUGACACGGGCUUUGACAAAUAGCCGAAGUGUUUUGCAGCAGCUCACGCCAAUGAAUAAAACAGAGGUGGUCCACAAACAUUCAAGAUUAGCUGAAGUUCUUCAGCUGGGAUCAGAUAUCCUUCCUCAGUAUAAGCAAGAAGCGCCAAAGACGCCACCACACAUCAUUUUACACUAUUGUGCUUUUAAAACUACUUGGGAUUGGGUGAUUUUAAUUCUUACCUUCUACACCGCCAUUAUGGUUCCUUACAACGUUUCCUUCAAAACGAAGCAGAACAACAUAGCCUGGUUGGUGCUGGACAGUGUGGUGGAUGUUAUUUUUCUGGUUGACAUUGUUUUAAAUUUUCACACGACCUUUGUGGGCCCUGGUGGAGAGGUUAUUUCUGACCCCAAGCUGAUAAGGAUGAACUAUCUGAAAACUUGGUUUGUGAUCGAUCUGUUGUCUUGUUUACCUUACGACAUCAUCAAUGCCUUUGAAAAUGUCGAUGAGGGAAUCAGCAGUCUCUUCAGUUCUUUAAAAGUGGUGCGUCUCUUGCGACUGGGCCGUGUUGCUAGGAAACUGGACCAUUACCUGGAGUAUGGAGCAGCGGUCCUCGUGCUCCUGGUAUGUGUGUUUGGACUAGUUGCCCACUGGCUGGCCUGCAUAUGGUACAGCAUUGGGGACUACGAGGUCAUUGACGAAGUCACGAACACCAUCCAGAUAGACAGCUGGCUCUACCAGCUGGCCUUGAGCAUUGGGACUCCCUAUCGAUACAACAGCAGCGCAGGGAUCUGGGAAGGAGGACCCAGCAAGGAUUCACUGUACGUGUCCUCUCUCUACUUUACCAUGACAAGCCUUACAACCAUCGGAUUUGGAAACAUAGCUCCUACCACAGAUGUGGAAAAGAUGUUUUCGGUGGCCAUGAUGAUGGUUGGCUCUCUUCUUUAUGCAACUAUUUUUGGAAAUGUUACCACAAUUUUCCAGCAAAUGUAUGCCAACACCAACCGAUACCAUGAGAUGCUGAAUAACGUACGAGACUUUCUGAAACUCUAUCAGGUCCCCAAAGGCCUUAGUGAACGAGUCAUGGAUUACAUCGUCUCAACCUGGUCCAUGUCCAAAGGCAUUGACACAGAGAAGGUUCUCUCCAUCUGCCCCAAGGACAUGAGAGCUGACAUCUGUGUUCAUCUAAACCGGAAGGUUUUCAAUGAACAUCCCGCCUUUCGACUGGCCAGCGAUGGGUGUCUGCGCGCCUUGGCGGUAGAAUUCCAAACGAUUCACUGCGCGCCGGGCGACCUCAUUUACCACGCGGGGGAGAGUGUGGACGCCCUCUGCUUUGUGGUGUCGGGAUCCUUGGAAGUCAUCCAGGAUGAUGAGGUGGUGGCUAUUUUAGGGAAAGGAGAUGUAUUUGGAGACAUCUUCUGGAAGGAAACCACCCUUGCUCAUGCGUGUGCCAAUGUCCGGGCACUGACAUACUGUGAUCUCCACAUCAUCAAGCGAGAAGCCUUGCUCAAAGUCCUGGACUUUUACACGGCUUUUGCAAACUCGUUUUCAAGGAAUCUCACUCUUACUUGCAAUCUAAGGAAACGGAUCAUUUUCCGUAAAAUCAGCGACGUGAAGAAAGAGGAGGAGGAACGCCUCAGGCAGAAGAACGAGGUCACGCUCAGCAUCCCAGUGGACCACCCGGUCAGAAAGCUCUUCCAGAAGUUCAAGCAGCAGAAGGAGCUGCGGAAUCAGGGGUCAACGCAGAGCGACCCUGAGCGGAACCAGCUGCAGGUAGAGAGCCGCUCCUUGCAGAAUGGAGCGUCCAUUACCGGCACCAGCGUGGUCACCGUGUCGCAGAUCACACCCAUUCAGACGUCUCUGGCCUACGUGAAGACCAGUGAGUCCCUCAAGCAGAACAACCGCGAUGCCAUGGAACUCAAGCCCAGUGGCGGGGCUGACCCCAAAUGUCUGAAAGUCAACAGCCCGAUAAGAAUGAAGAAUGGAAAUGGGAAAGGGUGGCUGCGACUCAAGAAUAGUAUGGGAGUCCAAGAGGAGAAGAAGGAAGACUGGAAUAAUGUCACGAAAGCUGAGUCCAUGGGGCUGUUGUCAGAGGACCCCAAGGGCAGCGACUCAGAAAACAGUGUGACCAAAAACCCAUUAAGGAAGACAGAUUCUUGUGACAGUGGGAUUACAAAAAGUGACCUUCGUUUGGAUAAGGCCGAUGAGGUGCGCAGUCCGCUAGAACACAGCCCCAUUCAGGCUGAUGCCAAGCACCCCUUUUAUCCCAUCCCCGAGCAAGCCUUACAGACCACGCUGCAGGAAGUCAAACAUGAACUCAAGGAGGACAUUCAGCUGCUAAGUUGCAGAAUGACUGCCCUGGAGAAGCAGGUGGCAGAAAUUUUAAAAAUACUCUCAGAAAAAAGCGUACCCCAGACCUCUUCUCCCAAAUCCCAAAUGCCGCUCCAAGUACCUCCCCAAAUACCAUGUCAGGAUAUUUUUAGUGUAUCCAGGCCUGAGUCACCUGAAACUGAUAAAGAUGAAAUUCAUUUUUAAUACACACA